UUUUCUCCGCAGUUUUCCCACCGAAUUCUGAGUUUUUCUUAUUUAACGGAAAUUCACGGUCAUUGUGAGAUCACUGCUCUGUAAAGUGCGUUAUAUUUGGGAGAGAUAAAGUGUGUUUGCGUGUGUGCCGAGGGGAAACACCAAAGUUUACCCAGCAUAUCAACACCUGAUCGGACGCUGGGAUUCCCAACCGUAAUCUUGGCGGAGGGGUGGUAAAAAUCCCCAUCAGAGUAUGUGAUGAUAAUGGUAGAUCACACGAAUGCAGCAGCAUAACAUCCAGCAUUACUGAGCAGCAGGCAUUGCAGUGUUUGUAGUGCACAGGGAAAAGCAGUCCGUUCGCACCUUCGAAACCCAACUGGCCUUGGCAUGCAGAUGAACGUGGAGGAACUUCGUUUGCGCUCGUUCUACCGUUGGCCCACGGCGGGAAGUGACGAUGGAUUGUUGGCCACCAGAUUGGCGCGCGAUGGAUUUUACGCCACGGAGAUACCGUUCCAGGUGAGGUGUUACUUCUGUGGGAUGGUACGUGAAGAUUGCCGCAGCCUGAUGGAUGUGUCGGAAUCACACAGGAACCGAGAACCAGGGUGUGAGUUCCUGCUGCACCCCGAGCGCACCAACAACUGUCGCAACUUUCGAGCGAACGAGCUGAUGGAGGAGCAGAAUCGACUGGCCACGUUCGUGCACUGGCCUGUUUCUUUCGUCAAUCCGGAAGAGCUGGCCAAGGCGGGCUUCUACUAUACCCACCAGUCGGAUGAGGUGAAGUGUGCGUGGUGUUCCGGUGUGAUCGGUCGCUGGGAACGGGGCGACGAUCCGUUUCAGGAGCACAAAAAGUUCUUUCCCGGUUGCGCGAAAGUAAUGCUUGAAUCGACUCGGCCAGAUCCGCUGGCUGAUUCGUCGAUCGGGAUUCUGCCGGUGCAACUGCCACACAAUCAAGAGUAUUGCACGCUCAAUGCGCGUAUCCGCUCCUUCGAAAACUGGACCGCUGGUAACGUGCAGGAACCGGGACGAUUGGCCGAGGCUGGCUUCUACUAUCUCGGGGAGGCAGACGAGGUACGGUGUUUUCACUGUGACGGUGGACUACGCCUCUGGCUCGCCGAUGAUGAUCCGUGGUUCGAACAUGCUCGCUGCUUUCCUCUCUGCCGGUUCCUGCAGCUGGUCAAGGGUAAAACAUUCAUCGACAAUGUUCAAGGCCAAGUGGCAAGAAACCAACAAGCCGAACCCGCCGUACCUACCGCGACCUCAUCACCUUCGGUCAGUGUCGUUGACGCUCCAGCUAGAACCCCCGUUUCAGUGCCGGCAGCCGCUCGAAUGACCCUCGACGAAGCAUUGUCGACGGAACCGGUCCAGCAAGCGCUGCAGAUGGGACUUAACAUCGGGCGUAUAAGGGCCGCCACAAAGCGUCGACUCGAGACGACGGGGCAACCGUUUCUUACCUCGCAGGAGUUGGUCGAGGUCGUACUAGACGAUCAGAUCGAAGAAGAGGAUCUCGAACCCAGUACCUCAUCCCGGAUGGAACGCAGAAUGGAAGCUGAACUCCGUCAGUGGACUAUCAUGGGCCAGAAGCAAUCGGAUGUGUCCGUGGAUGCCGCGCCUGGCAGUGGACCGAAGGCAUGCGAAGGAAACCAAGCAACUGGUGCUGACAACAGUUGCUUGGUAACUCAUGCAUCCGAACAAAUCAGUAGCACGCUUAGCGAUGAGGCUGUGCUGCGACUGAAGGAAGAAAACAAGCGGCUCAAGGAUGCCCGCGAAUGUAAAAUCUGCAUGUCCGAGGAACUGGGCGUAGUAUUUUGCCCCUGUGGCCACCUGGUAUCCUGCGUUCAGUGUGCUCCAGCCGUCACCCAUUGUCCUCUCUGCCGAGUCCUAAUCAGAGGACGGGUUCGCACAUUUCUGUCAUAGGAUCUCCGCGCGGCCCCACCACUCAAAACCAAUACCACCUCGCAUCAACUCAUUGUGUUAUAGCGUGUGUUCACCGUUCUUUUGCUAUUGAAGAAAGAUCUAUUGCUCAGAACUCGAAGCAGCUCGAUGAUGCGUUAGUUAAUCAUGAAUAAUGUUAAUCAAUGGAAAGCGUGUUGGUAUUUAACAAUGUUUCACCUUCGCCCUUUUUAAAUAUUUAUUUUGAAUAGAACCGACUCUCACCUAAUAUUAAAGGAAUAUUAACGGUACCGGUGGUGGCGCUCUAAUGCCUCACCUAGACAACGGUAGUAUAAAUUGAAUUCGAACAGUUCGAAUGGCUCAAGCGUGGGGAACGUAGUUAAAGGGAAUGAUUGCUCAAAACAUAUUUGAGGAAAAAAAUGUUUUGCUAGACUAACUGUAGGAAAUUGAUUGGUGUGGUAUUACCUUUCAGGACUGUCUGUUGUGGGUUAUCGAAUAAACUUAGUGUUGCAAAACGUGUUAAA